AGCAUAAACGACCGGUUUACAACAACAACAACACUCGAGUCGUCGCUGUCCACGAUCGUCGUCGCCCCUAAAUCAACACAACAUCUUGAAGGGACGAGACAUCCUCCAACCUCUCCCAGAUAUUCAACACGCUGUACUACUGGCAUGUGAAGGAAGACGUGCAAUUACAUCUCAGACGAAGGAAGGAAGGAAGGAAGGAAGGAAGGAAGGAAGGAAGGAAGGAAGGAAGGAAGGAAGGAAGGAAGGAAGGAAGGAAGGAAGGAAGGAAGGAAGGAAGGAAGGAAGGAAGGAAGGAAGGAAGGAAGGAAGGAAGGAAGGAAGGAAGGAAGGAAGGAAGACCUUCAGACCUUCAGACCUUCAGACCUAAUGGACACUCGAAGGUACUCAGGAUGCUGGGUGGAUGUUUGUAUCAUCGACUGGAUUCAAUCCUUCCUCCUUUGAUGCCAAAAAUCAACAAUCAGAUGGCUUGUAUAAGUGAGGACGAUACACUUCACACCACAAAGUUGGGCGACCAAGAUUUUUCAAGACUGGAGUUUCUAAGUGCCUGUGCUAUAAUGAAAGAUGAACACACAGCCUUUCGUAUUUUACCCAAGGUUCCACACACAUUUUAUUCCGCACUGUUUCAGGCUGUCAUGCAGAAGAGCUUCUAUUCCAGAGGGGAUUGUUUGGAGAAAGCAAGAGCUGCCAUGCCAGUCUUACGUGCCCUGACCAUCAACUGGCCAUAUGAGACCAUGAUCCUGAAAGAACUUGUUCCACCUUUACCAUUACCUACCUCAAAGCCUCAGAGGAUCACGCUUACAAGAUUGGAAGAGAAACGGGUCAAGUUUUUAGAGGCUCUACAGGCCGUACCUGAAAUAUUUAUCCAAUGCAAGUCGGUAAAAGCAGUCAGAUUUAGAGGACCUUUGUGCAAGUUGGAUGUAACUGGCUUCUCUCUUCCAACAACAGAUGUCCACCUUCUGAAGAGAUUUGUAACAAUGGCAUACAACCCAAACAGUCCUCCACAGUAUGAUAGAAGUGAAAUAAUGGUAGACGUGAGGCUAGAUAAAGAAACAGAGAGUCAGUUUGAAGCUCUUGGCAUUGUGUGCACACUGAGUCGUCACCAUGGUGCUGGCUUAGUCGUCACAUUCAGGAAAGUCCACAUAACGUCUGCACCCAUCAAUUGUAUUGCACAUGUGUUGCAACUGCUUGGAAAUAAUGGAACAGAAUGCCUUGAAUUAGAAAUGUGUGGGCUGAGCAGUGGUCAGUUGGCAUCACUUUCCUACAUGUCGAAGUCACUCACCAGCCUGAGUUUAGCAUACAACCCGACUGUCACCUCUCUUCACUUCCUGUCACAGUUGCCUCGUCUCCGUGAGCUCAAUCUUUCUGGAAUAAAUGUUAGAGAUAAAUGUGAACCAAUUGGUAGUUUACCUCAGGGUUUACAAUACCUCAAACUUGUGGGAUGCCGGCUGAGGUCACCAGACCUGCAAGUACUGAGCGCCAGCAAGCAUGUGCGAUCCCUGUGUCACCUUGAUCUGAGUGAGAAUUGUUUGGCUGCUCCUGAAGAAUUCUUCUUAUUUUGCAAGCUCUGUGAAAACCUUAAAAAGCUGUCAGUCUUGGAGGUGGAGAAGUGUAGUUUACACACAUCAGGACAACAACUGCUCGCACAACUGGUUGCCAUUCUUGCAGAGAUGCCCAAGUUAACAUUCCUAAGAAUGACAAAAAAUGAUUUUUCAUCAUGGAUUAUUAGAACUCACAUAACUUGCCUUGGAAAUAGCAGAUCCCUGAGAUGUUUGUGUUUAACUGUGCCAUCGGAAGUAUAUCUUAGUGAUGACUACACUGUGACAGACAAACUAAUUAAAAUGAUCCAGUCGGAGUUCCUUCAAAGUCUCAAAGAAGCGAAAGCCACACAUUUGGCUGUUGACUGGACUGAAGAAUCCUUAUAUAGCCAUUGGUACUACAGUGUUUGAACAUUUACAUAAAAGCUUCUAGUUCAUCAUUUAAAAUAGAGAUAUGGAAUGUCCUGCAAACUAUAAUAAAAAAAUACACACUGA